UUCUGUAAAGUCCAAAUAGAAGAAAAAUUGUUGCGACAAAGUUUUAUCUCUCCGAAUGCCGGAUUUAGAGUGUGGGAGAGUGGGGAGUGGGAGGUAUGAACAACAAAGCAAUGGAUGUUCCAAACAGUUUACCAGAUACUCAGCAGAGUGAUGGAAUUAAUUAUAGUCAAGAUAUUGUUGAUAAUAAUAGCUGGGGUAGGCUGUAUGCCACAAGAAAGCAGUUUACCACUAUUGAAUUAACAAAGGAUGAGUACACUGUUGGACGAUUGCCAAAUUGUGAUGUAACAAUUACAGAAAGAGAAGUUAAAAAAGAAGUGCUGACAACAAUAAGCAAAUUGCAUUUCAAAAUAAGGAAGACGAAAGUAGGGGAUGCACAAGCUGUAUACCUGGAAGACUGCAGUUUUAAUGGAACAUUUGUUAAUGGUGAGAAAAUAGGGAAAGGCAGAGUAAUAGUGCUACAGAGCAAUGACCAAAUAAGCCUUGCUGCUGCACCUUUUCGGGUUUAUCUCUUCAUGAGUGCCAGCUCUUACGAUUCUUUGGACUAUCCUGAAGCUGUAAGAUCUCGGUACGUGAUAUCUCGGAAGCUAGGUGCUGGAGCAUGUGGGGAAGUGUUCCUGGUGUUUGAGAAGAAAACAUGUAACAGGUUUGCGAUGAAGGUUGUGGAGAAAAAACGAUUAACAAAAGGAGGAAGACAUUUAUUACUGGACCCAGAAAAAGUAAUGAAUGAAGUAAAAAUACUGACAUCCUUGAAGCACCCAUGCAUUAUAACCAUCCAUGACAUUGUGGAUACAUCAAAUAAAGUGUACAUGUUUCUGGAACUGAUGGAGGGAGGGGAGCUUUUUGACAGGAUCACCAAAAAAGAACAGCUUGGUGAACCAGAGGCAAAGCUGAUAUUUUAUCAGAUAGUUGUAGCUGUUCAGUAUUUGCAUUCAAAAGGAAUAACUCACAGAGAUCUUAAGCCAGAGAACAUAUUACUCUCCUCUGACAAAGAAGAAACUCUGAUUAAGGUGUCAGACUUUGGUUUAUCAAGAUUUGUCACCUCGGAAAUGACAACAGUCUGCGGAACACCUUUAUAUGCUGCCCCAGAGGUACUUGUAAAAAAUGGAAGAGGGGGCUAUACAAUGCAAGUUGAUGUUUGGAGCCUGGGCGUAAUUUUAUAUGCAUGCUUGAGUGGUUAUUUACCUUUUUCACCUGACAACAAGAAAGUCCCAUUAAAAGAACAAAUUAGGAAAGGCAAUUACUCCUUCCCAAUACAGUACUGGAGAGGUGUGUCUCCAGAGGCUAUUGAUUUGAUAAAGAAGAUGUUAACUGUGGACCCUAUUCAGAGAAUAACUGUUGACGGUGUUGUGAAUCAUUUGUGGCUUCAGGAUGAAUUAAUGCGAAAGAAAGCAGAGAAUCUUAUGAGAGAAGGCUUGCAUGGCAUCUGGCCAGAUGAAAAUUCUGACCCCGUUACAUGUGGACCUCAUCUUGCCAAGAGACCAAGGUUAGAUUGAUGGAAUUAAUUAACCUACAGUGAGAGGAAAGUACAAACGCUACCUGUACAAUAGAAGUCAUAAGAGUGAUAUCGUACUUCGAUAGCUACAUGUUACCUGCAUUAAUUUUCAUGUGUUAAAACAUGUGAAUACACAAUUAGACAUAGAAAAAUUGUAUGUUAAAUCACAAGUGAUAAGGAUUGUUUGUUUAUAUUGCAGUUGUUUUGCAUCACUUUUUUGUAAGAUUAUUAAUUUUGAAAAUUUUAUGUACAUACAUUGCUAUGUCAUUAUUGUGACUUUGAUAUGCUAAAUAUUUCCUUAUAGGAAAUUAUGUACUGAGCAAAGUAUUGUCAGAUCUGAGACUAGGACUAUAGAAGAUAAACAGUGUUUUUUUUUCUC